AUGGCGGGCGUUUUCGAUAUCGAGCUAGACGGAGGCGAGUCUCAACGCUCUGAUGGCGGUGCACUUCAAGAAGAAAUGGAAGACGAUCAAAUGUAUAGGGACGUUGCUGAUGGCGUGAUAACUGAUGCCCCUCCAAGUUCAUCGUUUACUCAAGAUCCUAUGGUGGAAGCCAUCGAUUUAUCGUGUAUUACUGUCAAUCAAGGUGUUCGAGUCGGACCAAAGGACUUCGAAUUACUCAAAGUUUUAGGAAAAGGUGGAUAUGGAAAGGUAUUUCAAGUUAAGAAAACGACGGGUUCUGAUAAGGGGAAAAUAUUUGCUAUGAAAGUUCUUCAGAAAGCGACUAUUGUUAGGAAUCAGAAAGAUACUGCACAUACCAAGGCAGAGCGAAACAUUUUGGAGGCUGUCAAGAGCCCAUUUAUCUGUGAUUUACUUUAUGCCUUCCAAACUGGCGGCAAACUUUAUCUUAUAUUAGAGUACCUUAGCGGUGGAGAACUUUUUAUGCAUCUAGAAAGAGAAGGUAUGUUUUUGGAAGAUACGGCUUCAUUUUACCUUUCUGAAAUAGUUGUGAGUCUGGAACAUCUUCAUCGGCAGGGUAUUAUAUAUCGAGAUCUCAAACCGGAAAACAUUCUUCUUGACGGACGUGGCCAUGUGAAACUCACUGAUUUUGGGCUGUGCAAGGAGGCGAUUGAAGGCGAUCAAAAAACACACACAUUCUGUGGAACUAUUGAGUACAUGGCUCCGGAGAUUCUAAUGCGGUGUGGACAUGGCAAAGCUGUUGACUGGUGGAGUUUAGGAGCUCUUAUGUUUGAUAUGUUAACUGGCGGUCCACCUUUCACUGCAGAAAAUCGCAAGAAGACCAUUGAUAAGAUUCUCAAAGGCCGACUUACCCUGCCUGCUUAUCUCUCAAUUGAAGCUCGUGAUCUCAUUAAGAGAUUGCUGAAAAGACACGUUGAAACAAGGCUUGGAGCAGGUCCUGAAGAUGCGGAGGAAAUCAAACAACACCCCUUCUUUCGUCACCUCAACUGGGAUCUCGUUUUUGCUCGACAACUGGAGCCACCAUUCAAGCCCGAAAUGAAAAGCGAAGAAGAUGCGUCUUUGUUUGACACUAGAUUCACAAAAAUGACCCCAGUUGAUUCUCCCUGUGAUUCAACAUUUAGCUUAACCGGUGACAAUCCUUUCGCGGGUUUCACUUAUGUGGCUCCGUCUGUUCUCGAAGCAAUGAACCAACCGGAUCCUCCACAGACCGCAUCAGCGGCAGGGUUUUCUUCACUACAUAUACUUCCUAAUAAUACGUUAAGCAUAUUUUUCAGCUUACAAGAAACUCAUAGUCAUCCAUGCGAGCAUGACGUUAACCACGGACCCCUCUCACAUUUACUGACAAAUGCCGCCGAUCCGUCCUUGUCAUCACGAGUCGACGACGCUAUGGAUACCUCAACAACGCCUCGUGCUUCGGAAUCGAGGGGAAACCACCUGUUGUCAUGA